AUGGAUCUAGAUGCAUUCCUGAAUAAAAAGAGCAAGAAGCUCGCGGGGGGAAAAAAGAAGGCCAAGACGGGCGAGCUUUCGGAGAAGGAGCGGGCGGAGCUAGGAUUAGACGUCUUUGGCGGACUGGAUAGCGCCCCAUCCAUCACGCCGGAGGUGACGAGAGCGGGAAGCGGCCACGUCCCGAGCAAUGAGGGGACCGUCGCGUCCCCCAUCGACAAUCGCGUUUCGGGAGUCGUCACUUUAUCAAGCAGCGCCCCCGUGGAGGCAGUCGCCACUGAUGCCCUCGAGGAGGACGAUGGGGAUCACACGGAAGUAGUUAUGCAGGUGGUCAAGACAUCCGAAAAGAAGGUGAAGGGGUGGGAUGACGUGAAGCCGGCGUCUGCCUCCGUGGGGGACUUGCUGGCAAAGGCAGCCGAAAAAUCCGGACCGCGAAGAUUUGUGGCUCGUGGGAAGGACGAGUCAACGGGACCGCUGGGGCGCGGUGCAAACCUCAGCUCUGCCGACUUGCCAACACUGGAAGAAGUUGUGAGUGGGAAUGCCAAAAAGACGGAGUCUUCCCCGGCGUCUCCGUUGGAAACGGCUGGCGCCAAAACAGCUGUUUCUAGUGGCGUCUACCAGCCACCCACGGAAAAGCCGUCUAUGAAUGCAGACGUGCCAUCAACUAACAAAACUGAGGGAACACCGAUUUCGCCCACGGAAAAGUCUUCGGCUGGAGCAUACAAGCCACCCACAGACAGGCCAUCGGCCGGUGCGUACAAGCCACCCACAGACAGGAAAUCGGCCGGUGCGUACAAGCCACCCACAGACAGGCCAUCGGCUGGUGCGUACAAGCCACCCACGGAAAAGCCGUCUAUGAAUGCAGAGGUGCCAUCAACUAACAAAACUGAGGGAACACCGAUUUCGCCCACGGACAAGUCUUCGGCUGAAGCAUACAAGCCACCCACAGACAGGCCAUCGGCCGGUGCGUACAAGCCACCCACAGACAGGCCAUCGGCUGGAGCAUACAAGCCACCCACGGACAGGCCAUCGGCUGGUGCGUACAAGCCACCCACGGAUAGGCCAUCGGCUGGUGCGUACAAGCCACCCACGGAAAAGCCGUCUAUGAAUGCAGAGGUGCCAUCAACUAACAAAACUGAGGGAACACCGAUUUCGCCCACGGACAAGUCUUCGGCUGAAGCAUACAAGCCACCCACAGACAGGCCAUCGGCUGGAGCAUACAAGCCACCCACGGACAGGCCAUCGGCUGGUGCGUACAAGCCACCCACGGACAGGCCAUCGGCCGGUGCGUACAAGCCACCCACAGACAGGCCAUCGGCUGGUGCGUACAAGCCACCCACGGAAAAGCCGUCUAUGAAUGCAGAGGUGCCAUCAACUAACAAAACUGAGGGAACACCGAUUUCGCCCACGGACAAGUCUUCGGCUGAAGCAUACAAGCCACCCACAGACAGGCCAUCGGCUGGAGCAUACAAGCCACCCACGGACAGGCCAUCGGCUGGUGCGUACAAGCCACCCACAGACAGGCCAUCGGCUGGAGCAUACAAGCCACCCACAGACAGGACAUCGGCCGGUGCGUACAAGCCACCCACAGACAGGACAUCGGCUGGAGCAUACAGGCCACCCACGGAAAAGCCGUCUAUGAAUGCAGAGGUGCCAUCAACUAACAAAACUGAGGGAACACCGAUUUCGCCCACGGACAAGUCUUCGGCUGAAGCAUACAAGCCACCCACAGACAGGCCAUCGGCCGGUGCGUACAAGCCACCCACAGACAGGCCAUCGGCUGGAGCAUACAAGCCACCCACGGACAGGCCGUUGGCUGGUGUAUACAAGCCACCAAGCAAAAACAAUGCCCUUCCAAGCAACUAA